CACACAUGUGUGGGCUUUAGUAAACACUCAGAUGGCUUGAAGUCAAUAAAAGCGGGAAGAUGCAGUCGUGUUGAUAAGAUGAAGGCCAUGCAGGUGAUUUUCUUGACUCUGCUGUCUGUUCUGGCAGCCAGCGCUCAGGUGUUUAAGUUCGGCAAAUGUCCCAAACCAGCUGUUCAGGCCAACUUUGAUGCUUCCCAGUACAUUGGUAAGUGGUAUGAGAUCAAGAAGCUGCCAACAUUCUUCCAAAAAGGCGAGUGCGGCACUGCCACCUACAGCCUGAAGAGUGCUGGAGUCAUCGGGGUCCUCAACAGUGAGCUGCUUGACGAUGGAACCAUUAAUUCUAUCGUCGGCUCUGCCGAGGUCAAGAACCCCUCUGAGCCUGCCAAGCUGGAGGUCUCCUUCUUUGAAGGAACUCCUCCUGGUCCCUACUGGGUGCUGUCCAGCGACUACGAGGGUCACGCUCUGGUCUACGGCUGCGUCGACUACGGCCUGUUCCGCGCGGAGCUCUCCUGGAUCCUGAGCAGAGAGCCCACCCUGCCCGAGGAGACCCUCGAGGAGCUGCACGGCAUCCUGACCUCCGUCGGAAUCAACGUGAACAAGAUGGUCCCCACCAACCAGGAUGAGACUUACUGCAGCGCCAUGAACCAGUAAACAGAGAUACUCUGUUUCAGCCUCUACAGGACUGAGACAGGGCGACUUGGAUCCAUGACGAGAUAAAAAACAGCUGUAUGCAGUGUGUGCUGCGCCUCCUCGCCCUGUAGAUACCUUAUGUCAUUGCA